AUGCAUUUCACGAGCUCGAACAUUCUCUCUGUCGCUACCAUUGCAUUCUAUUCGCCUGCAGCAGUCUUGACCUUCUUCCUCUGUCUGCGCCAUGGCUUCAGUCCAAAUACCGGCUUCAUAUUUCUCUUUUUGCUCUCUUCGAUUCGGAUCUCUGGCGCAGCAUUGAAUCUUGCUUCAAGUCAUGCCUCGUCCAUUCAAGCUGCCAACUUGAACACGUCUGCUCUGGUCCUAUCUUUCACCGGCAUUGCUCCACUUAUCCUCGCAGCUUUGGGAUUGGUUUCCACAGUCCGCCUCGGAAUGGUAAAGAUCUAUCCUACGACAAUCAAAUCGAUUCAUCUCUUUCCCCUUCGCGUCUUGGUUGUGGUAGCACUUGUCCUUUGCGACGAGGGAGCGAUUGAAUACGGCGCGAGCGUUGGCGCAAGUAGUCCAGAGACUUCUAGGAUCCCAAUAACAUCUCGGAUCGGCACAAUAGUUUUCCUAGUCGUAUCCAUCGCAACUGCAAUUGUCACAGCCGUGCUGUUCAGAUUUCGCUGUCUUUUCGACGACUCAGGUCAAUACAUCUUAUAUGCAGUGGCUGUUUCGUUACCAUUCAUCGCCGUGAGGGUUCUGUUUGGGUUCCUGGGAGCGUGGACUCCGAAUCCCGAUUUUUCGUUCUUGGGAGGAAGUGUGCUGCUCCAGGGUUGUGUGUCGAUUUGGCCGGAGAUGAUUGUAGUAAUCAUAUAUUCCGGAAUUGGAAUCAUAUCGCCUCGUCGCCCCAAGUUACCUGACCAGCCAAACGAGUCAGAGCAGAGGAAACCAGACCUUCGGAGAACGAAAAUUGUACUUGUUAAGCCAUGGAAAGUAGUGGACGUUGAGAAAACUCCCACCGUCAUAACAGAUGAGCUGGACGGGGACCAGGAACAGAGGGAGGGCAGUUCAGAGGGGAAUUUAGAUUAUGCUAGUAUUCAAGCAAGGUUGGGUGAGGAUUUGCAGGAUAGGACUCAGGAGACUUUCGUGCCUCGAGCCACGGCGAUAGGUGAGAGGUACUUGGGAAUUGUGACAAAAGACUAUUUGCCGCCGUUGACGAUGAUUGAUUCGGCAAUUGUGUUGAAUAAAGUUUUAACAAGUUAG